CAGCGCCGCCCCGCCCUCCCCCGCCUCCCCGGGCGCGAGAGGGCCAGCGUCCGGACGUCUGUAGGUGUAGGCGGGAGCGGAGGCUGCCGCUCGGGGAGUAGCAGAAAAUGAACAUAGCUCAGGGAUUGGUGUCGUUCGAAGACGUGACUGUGGAGUUCACCCAGGAGGAGUGGCGGCAGAUGGACUCCACACAGAGGGCCCUGUACAAAGAUGUGAUGCUGGAGAACUACGGCCACCUGGUCUCCAUGGGAUACUGCAGUACUAAACCCCGGGUGAUUUUCAAGUUGGAGCAAGGAGAAGAGCCCUGGUCCUUAGAGGAAGAAUUCCUAAACCAGAGGUACCCAGGUGAGUGAGCCCUGACAGAAACACCUGGGGUAGUUAGACCUUAGAGGGGAACACUUUCGAAAGUUUUUUUUUUUUCCCCCUUUUACACAGCUUUAUUGAGAUAGAAUUUGCAUGCCAUACAUGUCACCCAUCUAAAGUACACAAUUCAGUGGCUUUUAAUAUUAUUCACAGCUAGGUGUAAACAUCACCACAGUCAAUUUUCAUCACCGCAAAAAGAAACCCCAUACCCUUUACCUAUCACCUCCCUAUCCCCCAGUCCCCUCCAGCCCUGGCAACCACUAGUCACUUUCUGUCUCUAUAGAUUUGCCUAAUCUGGACAUUUCAUAUCAGUGGAAUCACAACAUUAUGUAGGGUCUUUUGUGAUUGGUUUCUUUCACUUAGGAUUAAGGUUCCUGUUGUGGCAUGUAUCAGUACUUCAUCCUUUUUAUGGCAAAAUAAUAUUUCCUUGUGUGGAUGUAUCACAUUUGUGUGUCCAUUCAUCAGUCAGUGGACAUUUGGGAUUCCACCUUUGGGCUGUCAUUGAGUAAUGCUGAUAUACACAUUCAUUUACAAAUUUUUGCAUGGACGUGUGCUUUUAUUGCUCUUGAGUUUCUAUCUAGGAGUGGAAUUGCUGAGUUAUAUGGAUACUCUGUUUGAGGAACUGCCAGACCAUUUUCCAAAGUGACUGCACCAUUUUACAUUCCUGAUGACGGCGUAGGAGGGUUCUGAUUUCUCCACGUCUUCACCAACACUUGUGAUUGUAUGACUUUUUGAUUCUUGCCGUCCUAGAGGAUGUGAAGUGGCUUAUCACUGAGGUUUUGAUUUGCAUUUCGGUUUUAGUUAGCUGGACUGGCAUAACAAAAUACCGUAGCCUGGGUGACUUAAACAACAGAAAUUUAUUUCUCACGGUUCUGGAGGCUGGAAGUCCAAGAUGAAGGU